AUGUUGUGGGUAGAUAAGCACGCGCCUCGUCGCCUGGGCGAUCUUGACUGCCACAAGGACCUAACACCUCUGCUGCGCAGCCUUGCAGCCAACGAUUCGCUGCCACAUUUGCUGUUCUAUGGCCCAAGUGGUGCGGGCAAGAAGACAAGGGCCUUAGCCCUUCUCAGGGAGAUCUUUGGAGAUGAGGUCGACAAGGUUCGCGUGGAAACCUUUGUCGAAAAGGAAAGCAACGCGGAGGCGACAGUUUGCCAGUCCAGUUGCCAUGUUAUCCUAUCGUGUACUGAAUUUGGGCUAAGAGACCGCGUGAUAGUACAAGGCAUCAUUCGCUCUCUCGUUGAUGCGGCGCCACAGGCGGCGCUCGCGUCCUCUUUUUUCUCUACCGCGAAGAAACAAAAGCGCUUUAAGGUGGUUGUUUUGCAGGAUGCGGAUUUGCUUAGUGAGGGGGCCCAGCAUGCACUGAGGCGUUCUCUUGAGACGCAUGUAAGCAGUCUCAAGUUUCUUCUCCUAGCUUCAAACCCAACGAGAAUCACUGGGCCCCUAAAGUCGAGGUGUCUGGGCAUUCGGGUGCCUCUGCCUCCAACAAAAGAGGUUAUCAGUGUCCUUCACAAGACAGCAAUUACAGAAGAGACGCCGGCGGAGCUGAUCCCAGAAGACAUGCUGCAGCAGGUAACGCUCCACAGUGGGCGCAACCUGCGUCGCGCGCUGCUAUCUCUGCAGUGCAUACUGACUCAGAACUUUGCUGCAGCAGCCGGCGCAGUCGCAAGCUCCCAGCUGCAGCAGCUAGUUAUGUAUGGGCAUCCCAGCUGCCCGUUCCCAGCGCCCUGGGAGGCCGUGGCCGAUGAAAUCGCUGCAAAGAUCGCCAAAGCCCCGAGUGUACGCACUCUGCAGGAGUGCCGUGGCUGUUUCUAUGAGUUGCUGGCGGCGCUGAUACCCGCAGAUUUGGUGCUGCUGCGGAUUGUUCGUUCUCUCUUCUUCAUUAAACCGGGGGCGCUUCCCUCCGACAGCUCCCUCAUACUCUCGAAGACCAACGCCAGCGUUGGAGCAGCAGAAGCAGCCUCAGCGGCAGCAAAGUACCAGCAACACCGCAGUAGGCGGCUGCUACUGCUCGAAGUUGUGGGGGACGCUGCACUUGCAGCACAGGGCUUGAGGCGAGGCAGCAAGCCAAUUUUCCACUUGGAAGCGUUUGCUGCUUCCGCCAUGCGGCGCUUUAAGGCAUUUUCCGAGGCAGAAGCCCUUAAGCACAAGCCAUAA